CCCGCCCCUUGUGUUUUGUUGCCCCUCUUUCCACGCCUCUGCACCCUACCUGCACCAUGGGUUUCAUCUCCGAAAAGUCCAUGACCAAGACACCGUCUAACCGCAAGUCCAGCUGGGUUAUGCUCGCCGAGAAUGGCGCCUACACGCCUCUCCCCGGCGAGCAGACGCUGUAUCAGUCUCCUCCGCGAACCUCGCUGUCGCUGCAGACCAGCAACCGACACUCGCCCAGCCAGUCGUAUUCACAGCAAUGCAAGUCGGGCAUUGUCUUUCUUACCAACCGACGAGUGCUCUACCUACCCGUCAACCCCACACCACAACUGCAGUCCUUUGCCGUCCCCAUCCUCAACGUAACCGACUCGCGCGUAACAGCACCCUGGUUCGGCGCAAACAAAUGGGAGGCCGUCAUCCAGCCCGUCCAGGGCGGCGGCAUCCCACCACAGCAUUCCGAGCUGGAGCUCGUCCUCGAGUUCAAAGAAGGCGGCGCAUUCGACUUUGCAAGCAUAUUCGAGAGACUAAAGGAGCGGCUACGGCAAGCUGUCGAGACGGCGCGGGAGAGUGGGGGUGAUGUGCAGGAUGGAAGGAGAGGUGUUGGAGGCGUAGACAUGAACAACGUGCAUCUGGAAGAUCUACCAGCCUACGAAGAGAGCCGGCAGCACGCUAGGGUACCUGAUCCGCUACCCAGCCCGCCCAUGGACCACCCUACAGGCGGCGUGGGUGCUGGCGGUCCCGUGGUAGCAGCACCCGAGCCUUGUAGUCCACAAGCAUCCAGCUCGCUGUCGAGCCCGCGCACACAGCAAGAGCACUUUGAGCCGCCAUCAGACCCGCCGCCAGGCUACGAAGAGGUGCAGCGGAACAGCGUCGUGGAUGAGCUCGAGAGACAGGUGCGGGAUAAUCCAUGGCAGGACGGCGACAGCAAGCGAUGAAGUCGAGUUUUUCUUGUGCCAAGGAAUUGGUGUGUGUUUGAGCAGGGCGUUCCGGGGGUAUCAGCUUUCACAUGGCUGCCAUGACAUGUCACAAAUCUGCCUUUUUACUCUACUCGGCUUGGUUCUCGUGAAGGUAUAUAGUAACAGCUGCCCUUUGUGGUUGGCUUGGUUUUGAC